AUUCACCCGAUUGCAGAGACUCUGGUGUAGUGAACGUUGCACAAACAAAUAACUGCUUGAUGGAUGUGAUGUAAAUAAAUGUUUAAUCCCUGUCAACUGACUCUAUGCAGCUUUCAAACCAUGACGUCCACAAACCCCACUAGAAUUCUAAGCAACUCAAUUAAUACACCCAAAAUCUUUGGAAUGCCAUCCUCAAACUCCUCUUCAUCUAAGCAACCAGACGACGAUAAUACCCCGCCCCCAAACACCGGACCCACAUCGUCCUUUCCAUUUUUAUACAUCCUCUUCAUCCUAAUCAUCCUCAUCGCGCUCUUUCCCCCGCUCUUCCACGCCCUCUGGACCCUUCCCCUCAAGCUCCUCCUCCCAAGCACCUACACCAGUUCCCUCUCGCCCGCCCGCUACACCAAACCCGCCAUCAUGUCCUGGACACAAAAAACCAUAUCCCUCCCCUCCAAAUCCCGCGGCUCCUAUCUCAUCACCGACCACAUCGUAUCCUCGAUCCCGGAAAUCAAAAACUAUAAAGUUGGGCUCCUGAAUUUAUUCAUUCAGCAUACGAGUUGUGCGCUGAGUUUGAAUGAGAAUUGGGAUGAGGAUGUUAGGGCUGAUAUGAGUGAUGCUUUGGAUAGGAUUGCGCCGGAGGAUAGGAAGGGGGAAUUGUAUAGACACAGUGCGGAGGGGUUGGAUGAUAUGCCGGUUUGUUGUUCUUUUUGUUUGUUAUUUUUGUUUUACCUUGGAUUGGGGAAGGAAUCGCGAAGAGAUGUUUUGGUAUAGCGGCUAAUUAUCAUAGGCACAUAUCAAAUCGGCAUUGGUAGGAGCUAGUGUUACGAUUCCUAUCACGAAUGGAAAGUUGAAUACGGGUACUUGGCAGGGUAUAUGGUAUUUGGAGUUCAGAGCUAGCAAACAUAGUAGGAAGGUUGUUGCUACCAUUCAGGGGGAGAAGAUGUAAGAUUGGAAAUAUCAAUCGCCCUGGACACGGAAAUGGGCACCGUUCUUGUUCUGCAAAGUUGCCUAAGUCGAAUGUACACCUUUUCUUCUCGGCGAAGCUUUGAGUCUUAGUUAUUUCAGCUCCCAGGUGCUCCAUCUAUUGCUAGUGGAGCCGAGCUUCAAUACUUUUGAGACGUCUUGUAAGCCAAAGGUCGGUCUUCAUUCAGCUCUCCUUAUAUUUGGUAUUUAGCGAGGGAUAUGGGAAUGACGUGGUGUUGACGGGAAUAAUUUAUGUUCCUAAAGGUUAGAGAGAAAUAUUUGUUAUCAGACCUGAACUUCAAA